GGAUGAACCCCUGCGCCGUCACCCGUGCCGCUUACCUAGACGUGCUGUCCCUCACCAUCACCCACGGGGAGAGGAGCGGUCGCAAGGGCGCGGUCUACGCUGCGCUCGUGCUCCGCACGCACGCAUUGGUCUCGGCGUGGCUACAGGCGCCUCCCGAUGGGCAGGUGCUCGAGCCGGGCCACGCGCUGUGGGAGGCCAGCUCCGCUCACCUGGCCCUCGCGAUGCUCCAUGCGCGGCCGCGCUACCAGCGGCAAGGCAUUCAGGGCACUCUGUCGCUGGCCGGUGGAGAAUUUGGUGCCAUGGCCCCAAGGGGUCGGGUGCCUGGCUGCCGACGGACUCCUCGACUGGAUCGUCGCCCUGAUCGAGGCCAACCUGCACAACGUCGACCUCCGAUGUGCCGGCUUGGAAUUCGGUGCCCGCGUGGUCCGGCACUUGCUGAAUCGCAGCCCGAUGCAGCAAGUGCCGCCGGCUUGGGCCUGCUGCGUGGAGCGGUGGAUCCGAUUGGUUGUCGCGGGUGGCAACGCUGACACCUGGUCGGAGGUCAGGGUCGUGAGCGCGGAGGUCAUUGGCGAGGUCGCCGCUUCGCUCCUGACCAAUGACCGACUUCCCGUGGGCCUGGGGGGCUGUCUGAAUCUGUGGGGGGCCCUCCUGGGACUGCUGCAGGACGACGAUGUGGGGGUGCGGGCACGGGCCACGACUGCGCUGGGCGGCCUCGCGCCCCGGAGCCCCACAUGGGACGGAGCUGCACUCGAGGAGGUGAUGCCAAACCAUGCCCUGGACCUGGGACUCAGAGCCCUCCUGGACCUGCUUGGAGCCUGGGGUCUUUUCUGGGAGGCCUUGCCCACCCUGCUGCUCUGGCUGCUGGAAGACGAUGAGCCACGAGUGGUAGGGACAACUGAGGAUGAUGAGCAAGGAGGGCUGGGGCACCCGGCAGAACUUUUGAUGGGGGCUGGAGAAGAGAGGGAGAAUGAAAACGAGUUUCUCUUCGACAAAGGUGAAGCCAACCUGUUUGCCGAGAGGCUACUCUUCGCCCGGCUUCUUUCCACGCAUCUUGAAGGGCACCUGCGACAUCUCUCAGUGCACCAGCCAGCACCACCACCAAACCCCGACACAGCCGAGCGACUAGUGGCCACGGCGGAUACGUUGGCCGCCAGCUCGCGGAAGGCUACCCGUGACCUGCUCCAGCUGCGGCGCUCGCUGUGGCCAAGUCUCCAGGAGGCUCCACGCUACACGGCACUGGCGGAGCGAGCGGCGCGCUGCCUGCUGACCCUGCGAGUGCUGCUCCUCGCCGUUGCGCCUUCAGAGCCGGCGUCUGUGCUGCGGGCCGCCGUGCAGGCCGGUCUGCAGGAGGCACGGGCGUUGGAGCGAGCGUGCAGUGGCACAGGGCUGACUCACGUCUUCUUGGCAUGCACAGCUGGGAUCCAUCAGGGUUGCGCAUUGAACCCUGAACGCAGCUGCUCUUAGCAUGCGCAAGCCUUUAAAAUGAAUUUGCAGCGUACUUAAUUGCACAGAUGCGGUUUACAAAAUGUAUGAUUUAAUGCUGUUACGGUCUCAAUUGAACGGCAUUUGGCCGCGAUGGGAUAGACAGUCUGAGAAGAAUGCGUUUGCCCAGAAGGAAAGUGUCCGAAAUCGGUCUGCUGACAGAAAAAAGUCUUCCACUCGGAUUGAGAACAGGGCCUAACAAAUCAGACACAACGACUAGAUCAGCUUUGUUUUUAGUACAACUCAAACCAAAGCUACUGGAGUCGUGUCGCUGUGCACAUGUCGGCGUCGCCACUUCACACGCUCAAACGUUCGCACAGAUUAUGUCAAGUGGGUGCCACCCGCUGUGGGUGAUCUCUACAGCCAGACUCGAACGCAAACGUCAGCAUGUUCAAUUUGCGGCACUUUUCACACUUCUCUCCGUUUGUUUUCUACACUCGUCUUACCAGUCGAGUCUGCUCGCCUUGUCACCCAAAUUGACUCUGCGCAAGGCACACCAGGCCCCAGAACCUCGCCUCGCCUCGGCAUGGGCACAGGAAAUUGGGGAACACGAGAGAAAGGGCCAUAUAGCUUGUCUAGCUCUCAGCGCCACGACUCAAAAUCCCGGAGCCGCACGACACGCCACCCCCCGCCCUCACUCGCAGUCGACUUCACAGCAGCGCCUAAGCCAAUGGUUUUCAAUCUUGGGGGGAGGGAGGGGGGCUUCCGAGGGGUAAUACAUUUUCAACAGGGGGGCGGCGCCAGGCUCUCCAGCAGUCAUAUUUUUAGCACAACGAAAAUAUACGACUCGGGGGUUUGUUUUUUUUUGCCCCAUUUUAAAUAAUUGGGUGGAGGAGCUUGGUGAAGAGAAACAGGGGGUGCGGCGCUUCACGUUAGAACUUCGGUGAAAUGAGAGAGAAGUCUGGAGGCGGUGAGGGGGGCUCUGGAAAGGAAGUGCGCCUCGCUGACAACUGGUAGCAGUAAGUGGACGCUGCUCGGCGUACGUGAACAAAAAAAUUCGGUGACAAUUUUAUUCAAACAUCAGCAGCCCUGAUAUUCUAUUAUCGGGUCAUAAAAUGCUUUUAUCUAAGUGCCUUGCAGUUUCUAUAGUUGAACAAUGAAUAUGCAUCGCAUGGUGCUCUGUGCCAUUGCAUACCUUGAGAGGACAAAUGUUCAUAAGGGUGUUAUUUCACACCUGUAUUCUGUUCGCACCUCGCGCCUACCAUUCUCAUAAGCGUCGGGCGUGCCAGGUCACGGUUAGUCAUGUGCAGCGCUAGUGUGAAGUCAUUCUCCUCCCGCGAGUCCGCAGAGGCAAGAAACGUCUACAUGGAAACCAAGGCAUAGGUGUUUCAGAACUGGUCAUCAUCUCAUGCGGACAUGGACCAGGCUUGCGUUAUAAGAUCGCAUGCCCGACUGAGCUGGAAUUAAAAUUCAGGGUAGCACAUGCAUUGGCAUCCGCAACAGUCACACUUGCCAAAGGGUGUUAUUUUAACAAAGACGUCACUGACGUGAGCUAAGACCCGCGUUUGCAAUUAACUAUAUUUGGAGUGAGAACGAUUGACAGCCCUGAACGGCACGAGACGAUGGCUUCUAGGGAAGAGUCCACGCUUGUGAGAGCUGCAGAGGGACUUGACAACUCGUUCCCGUAAUUCUCAAGUAUCGAGUUAUCAUUUACUUGAAACUGACAGCUCCCGAUCUUUCGGCGGGCCAGCUUACGGGAAUGUGCACGCUGAUUUUGUUGCUAUGGGAAUGUGGUUUCCAAAGGCAGGCUUACGGAAUCGUGAAAGGUCACAUCCACAGUGGGGCAAUCAAGAGGUGCCAGCACGUCUGACCUUGUGCACAUGUUGUGUGCGGCAACAGUUAGUCAUAUUUUGGUUAAUUUUGUCCCCUUGAUUGCUGCCCGCUUACGACAGGCUUGGGACGAUGUAAUGUUGAAUCCGUUGAAUAUGUUGUAACAAUUUCAAAUCGUGACGCUACUCCUGAGCUACUCAGAAGUGACACAUCCACUGUGAACAUCUGACAAACGUCCUCUUUUUAAUAUAAAAGUUAUUUUUUACAAAAACAG